UCGGAACUGUCAUUUUUAUUUCGUCAUGGAGUGCGAGUGAGACGUGUUUCGUGUUAUUAUUUUAACAUGUAUCCCUUUUAGUUACUAUUUGUUGCUCUCAGUAUCUUGGUGAAGGUGCAGAAUACGUUUUGAUUAUGUUAAUUUUAACACAGCCGAAUAUUAAAUCGCUACAGCAUUAUGGAAGAGGAGCUUAACGAAGAUGAGCUGGAGGAGAGGCUCUAUGCUAUGAUACACUAUGCCGACGACAGCCAACAACAGGUAGAGCCGAGUGGUCAGAAUGACAGCCUGGAGGAGAUCGUGGCGGGCGCGCCGCGGAGCACCGUGCGGCGCUACUGGCGCACCAGCGGCGACGCGCCGCCCAACAACAACCCCUUCCAGAAAGUAAACAACAACAGAGAUGUCGGCAAUGUGUCCAGCAAAACAAUCAACACUCCAACUAACAAAACAGUGGACACACCAUCUAAUAAAACAGUAAACACACCAUCUAAUAAAACAGUAAACACACCAUCUAACAACGAAGUCAGCACACCAACAGUCACUGACAAACCAACAAUGAAACCAUUGAUUCAAAAACCAAAAGAAGAAAAGAAAGAAGUGAAGGAAUCACCACCACCAUCCACUGUUGAUAUGUCCAUCUUUUCAUCCCCCAUUACCUGCAAUAUUAAAACAACAGUGAAGAAUAUUGAGAAUGACACUCCUGUGUUCCACCUGGAGUCGAGUGAUGAGGAUGAGGUAAUUGAAGUGGAGCUGCCUCCGAAGCAAACCAUCACUAUAGAGAGCUCUGAUGAAGAUGAACUAACAGUCGUUAACCCACCACAUUCCCAGCAGAGCCCUAACAAGCCAGAAAAGGCCAAAACUGGUAAGCGAGCAGCUGAAGAUGAUGCCAGCCAGUCACGAGAGGUGUCGGCAAGUCCUGUGCCGUCUGUUGUGUCCUCUGUGUCUGAUGAGUUCAUCAGGGGAGACUGCAUUGCAUGGAACAUUUCAUCUCGUCGGCCAGACAAUCCCAGCUUUGACUUCAGUCUGCAUGGUUCCGACCUGCUUGAUACACCAUCACGGAGCAAAAAGAAAAAGAAAAAUAAAGACAAAGCUGCCUCCACCCCUCAGACAUCAGAUACUCCAACAGUUCUUGCAACUCCACCAAAGAAAUCAAAUGAAACAGAAUGUUUUGCUACACCUAAAAAUAAGUCUAAAAGUAAGAAGCGAAAAUCUAAAACUUAUGCUGUAAGUGAACACAGCAUUCCAAAUGCGGAUGUUUAUGAUUCAGAUAGCAACCAGUCUGUUGAUCAGACCAAAAAGAACAGCUACAGUGUUACAGACAAGAGUUUGCCUAAUCCAGAUGUGUAUGAGUCUGACUCGAGUCAGUCCUCUGUUGUAAGAUCGCUCAGUAAAAAUCUGACCUCAAAACCAAUGAGCAGCCCCAGCAGUUCAGAUGCAGAACCACAACCUGUUGCCAAAAAAGCAACCGGUGGAGCCCCGGCGGCUCCCACCCCUCAAAGAGGAGACAAAGAAACUUCAGAAAUAGUGGACCUAACAGAUGAUUCCGUUGUCAUUGAUAAUGUGGUUAAUGUUGAUGACACUAUUGAGGAGAACAUAGUGAUGGCUAAUGUGACUGGCUUUGAGGAGUCCAGUGACUAUGAUGACCACCAAUCAGAGUCACUCAACCCUAGUUCGGGUAGGCUGGGCUCCACCAAGGUACCUGCCAUUUUGUCAGAAGACCUGGACUUUGACAAUUUGAAACGGAAUGAGAAGGUGUGCAAGAAGCGGCGGUACUCGGUGACAACUCUUCGCGCUGACAUGGAGAAGUUUUACAACGAGAGCUGGGGCGGUGAGGAUUUCAAUCACAAGGAGAUUUUGAAGACCAUGUCACGUGACAAGAGUUUGUGGGAAAUUGAUCCUAAAGACAGAAUGCCUACGCCCAGUAAGAGGAAAAUAACCUGCAACUACUGCAACCGGGUCGGUCACCGCGACGACACGUGCCGCCAGAAGCCGGCCGUGUGCCACAUGUGCGGCGGCGCCGGCCACUACGAGCCGCGAUGCCCCAACAAGAUCUGCGUCAAUUGCGGCACUCCGAACUACAUGUAUUCAACGUCGUGCGGCGCGUGCCACGGCUGGGCGGCGCGCGCGUGCGCCGAGUGCGGGCAGGCGGGCCACGCCGCCGCCGCCUGCCCCGACCUGUGGCGCCGCUACCACCACACUAUCGACAACAACACCCCGCUAGUCCAGCUCCGCGGCGCCAAGAAGCACAGCCAGCAGUACUGCAGCGGCUGCGCCCGUCGCGGCCACCUCGUCCACUGCUGCCGGCUGUCGCUGCCCUUCUCCGGGCUGCCCAUCAACUCGCCCUACGUCGUCAACUACCGCCCGUUGUACCCGCCCACACACUACCAACACCCGUUUGUGCCACAGGCGAUGACGCCGAAGAACUUCGAGAGGAAUAAGAGACAGUCGAAGUCGCCCAUGGUGAGUGAGGGACCGGUUAGUAAGAAACGGAAUAUGUCGAUUACGGAGGAUAAAAUUGGGAGUAGUCCGGCUAUCGAUAGUAACAGAAAGUCGAUUGAUGGGGAGCCCCGUGAUGCGACGCCGAGAGCUAGAGUCGAUUCGGAGAAUACUCCCGUCAGCUCUGUAGCCGAGGAGUCGAGUAAGGCACCGGACUACAUUAGAAUCACUCCGGCGAGUGCUAAUAACCAUGACAAGCAGGGACAGAUGAUACAGGACAACGAGGUCUCUGACACGAGCGAUGUCGUCACUUCCGCCCGGAUCUACGUCUCGUCUGACAUCAUAGACAAGCUGAAGACAGACGAAGGCCAGGCCUGGGUCACACAGACAUCUCAGGAGCACGGGGUCACAGUCUCACACUCGGAAGUCAACUGCUUCCUGAAUAUAAAAGGCAAGUUCGCCAACCAAGAAGCGUUCCAAACAGCUCUCAGGGACUGGACCAACACUAGACCCGUGACGCAAUCACAGAGCACAGAGGCUGUCGUCGAAAUAGAUGAUCAGAGCUACUUGAGUGACAACAUACCUAAGAAUAAAAACAACGUGUUGCGCAAACUCCGCAAGGCGUUCGAAUCCUUGAAAGAGGAUAUCGGAGAUCCGAAGAAGUUAUUCAGUGAGUUAAACUACUUCCGGACCAAUCACAGCAAGCUACUGAAGCAGAGAGUGAUCAGUCCGAAACAGCUGCACAAUAGCAAGACGAAUAUAAACGAGAUGUUGAAGAAACUGAACAUGGUACUGCUAGGCCAAGCAGGCCUGGCGGAUGGACCGGCGCAUCUGAGGGAACUUCAUGCCCUACAGGAAAAGAUUACCAACUUCAGAAACAAAAACAUACCGUUGGACCUACGCAAGGAGGUCGGACAACAUUUUCACUCGAUCUUCACGGCGACGCCGCGCGACGACUACCAAGACUUGCUAGACAAGUACUACGUGUCGCGGCAGACGCCCAAGAUAUCCAAGAAACAGAAGAAGGCGUUUAAAAUGCCUAAGAUAUUCAACCCUUCGCAGCCGAUGCAGGACAAUCGGAAGGGCGAGACAGAGAGGCAAGGUGGGGGGGAUAUAAAGCGCGUGAGAGUAGCUCAGAAGACGAUGAGCAAGCUGACUUUCUUCCACCGGCGAUUGGUCCGCGCUCAGCCAAUCAACGCAGGGCUCAAGAAGGCCCGCACAGAGCUGGUGAGGAAGCUCCACAAGCAGAUCUCUGCCAUGGACAGCUCCGAGCAACUCAACGCGAAGACACUCAAGAAGAUGAAGAAGCUUCAAGCCCAAGCGGGGCAGUUCUUGAGGAAUAAUGUCAUGUAACGUCGUGUACGUGAAUUAAACUUACUCUUAGUGUAAAGCGCA